AUGCGUUGUUCCGAUGCUGAGAAAGCUUACCAAAAGUUAUUAUCAUUGAAAGUAAUGGAGGAUAACUACCCGAACUUAUCUGCCGAGAAUCACCUAUUAAAAAAAAGUUUGAGCAUCGACAAAUAUCGAUGCCUUCCAUGCGAUGCGGAAUGCCAGCGGGCACUCAGAAAUGAAAAAAUGGCAGAAAUAUUAAAUAUUCCUCGUCCAGAUGCAGCUGAUGAUGUAGCAGCUUAUACCAUUUUUCUGAAAAAUAAAUUGAAAACGAAUUACAAAGAAAUUUUGGACAUCGAAGAUACAUUAUUAGAACUUGUGCAUGGUUUGAAUGCGCAACCAAAUGUGACAUCGGUUAGUCACUCAUUUCCACCACUGCAUUCGGAGCUGCGUCGUAUAAUUCAUGAAUACAGCCGAUAUUUUGGCAUCGAAACAAUCAGUCAUGGCCAGGAACCACAAAGAAAUGUAGUCGCUACUGCUAAACGGAAUGUAAGUUAUAUGCCAGCUGUGUUUCUUACAGCUUUUAAAAGAUAUGCGGCAACAUCGUCCGUAUCAGCGUCAAGUAAUGCGACCAUCACGCCAUCCAAGAUUCUGUCAUCGAUUCCGAAAAGUUAUUUAUAUGCUGAAAACAGGAUGCAACAAUUGAAACCAGUAGGCAAAGUAUUAAAACGAGGUUUUAAAGAACCGUUGGCAUCACAAAAAUAG